CAGUAUAGCCAUUUUUUGAAUAAAAAGAAUGGCUUUCACUCCUCAUGAUCAUGAAUACUAUACUAGUCAUGGCGUUUUCUCCAAUGAAUUCAUCAAUUCUUCUCUUGUUACUACUACUACUAAUCCUCUCUCCCAAAUAACCCCCAGUACUUCAGUUUAUGAACAUAAUAUUAAUGAACAACUAGUGAAUAUAAAUUCACUAGAUCAUUAUGUGCCACCCUCAAUUUCAAUGAUGCCAUGGUUCCCUGAGCGGCUAGGGGUUUCCGACAUGACGGUGCCGAUACUACUACCAGCAUCAUCUAAUUCUAGUGACUAUAGUACUAAUACUCAUCAGGUUUAUGCAGUCGACAAAUACAAUAAUAACAGAUGCAACGGCCAACACCACGAGGGUUGUGAAUCUUGGGAUGAAAAUACUGACCAUGCUUUUGAAUCCAACUUCUGGUCCUCUUGUCCUCUCGUUACCUCCUCCAAUAAUUGGGGGGCUCAAAGGGAAACAAGUCCAAAAAUCAAAGAAACGCCGGUAAUGAAGAUCGGCAGGUACUCAGAAGAGGAAAGAAAGGACAGAAUUCUCCGAUACCUCAAGAAAAGAAAUCAAAGGAAUUUUAACAAAACUAUUAAGUAUGCUUGUCGCAAAACCCUAGCAGACAAACGUGUUCGAGUUCGUGGAAGAUUUGCAAAGAAUAAUGAAGCCUGUGAUGAUCAUGAAGUCCUCAUCAAGGGGAAUGUUAAUUACCACCAAGACAAAGAUGUUUGCUAUGAUCAUAAUCCACAAAUCCAGAUGAAACAUGGUGGUGAUCAUUAUAAUGAUCAGGAGAAUUGGGUAGAAGAGGCAAUCACAAAUUUUAUGUAUAUACCUUAUAUAGGUAGCUCCUAUGAUGGAAAUUUCAUAAGCUGAUAGCCAUUUGUUUAUUACUCCACUACUUAAGUCUCUCUCUAAUUAUAAAGUUGAUGUACUCCCAUCCAUUAUUUAUCAAUGAAUGAAUGAAUAGUUGAG